AUGACGACCGAGAUGCAGUCCCUCUAUACGCCUAACACCUCGGCGCACAUGUCUCAUACAUCCGCCGCGGUGGACGGGCUCGUCAGCAAGUACUCGUCGACUGUGAAUGCAAAUACCGCCGCAGCGUUCCGCUCCCAGAGGGCUCGCGUCCCCUUCGAGUGCUUCCUCGACCGCGUCCGUCUCGAGUACUACCGCUACGAAGUCACCUUCGGUCUCUACGUGAUGACCCCCAGCGAGAAGCUCGUGGCCAAUACCUUCGUUUUCGUGGUCCUGACCCUCCUGCUGUGGGCGCUGCUGCUUUACUUCCCGUCGCUGCUGUACCACAAGCUCAGUCGCCUUGUAUGGUUGCUGACUGGUCACAGCAACCGGGAGGUGGGCACAGCACUGGGCAUCCUGGAUAAUUAUGGCAAUCCGAUCUCCACCACGUCCAUCGCAGAGCACGCUGUCCCUUCAUAA